ACCUUUAGCACAAGUAAUGAUAAGUUUACGUCACUGGCUGUGGUCUUUGUAAGUUCUGCUACUUUAAACAGGUCAGUGAGGCUGUAAAAUGUCUGUUGAAAGUCAACACUCUACUUAACCUGCACUACAUGGCUUGUACAUGACGGUGUAAAACCCGGGGGAAAAAAACUGCCAUGGUCAUUCAUUAUAUUGCACUUGAGAUUCCCAUCUUAUGUGUGGUUAUCGUCCUGUGGGUUUUUUGUUGCCAUUUCGCAAAGAAGCACAGUGAAGCAGAACUCUCGCCCCCACCAAGGCCGGCUUACAGUCCAUCUGUAUACGUCAUCCCCAUACAAGAAGAGGAGAGAGAGGAAGAGGAAGAUGAGGAAGUAAUGGCAGAAUAUGAAGCCUAUUUUCAACCUCGUUACAGCGACCCUCCCAUGUACUGCUCAGGAGAUGUCAGUCCGCCUCCUCCAUACAGGCUUGAACCACCAACGUAUCUAGAUCCCCCACCAUCUUACACAGACCCACCACCUUACUCAGAGCAACCCUGACCUUCCUCGUCUUCCUCCUCCACUUCAAACAUCCUCUAGCCUUAACAUACUAUACUUUUUUAUUACAGCACAGUAUCAGUAUUAUGGUAUCAUAUAAUUGUAAAGCUAUUUGCAUGGUAUAUUAAGAUUGUAAAUGUAUAGGGAAAAAUGACUGAUGAGUUUCAGGCCUGCUUUUACAGCUCCAAUCAUGGCCAAAAUUUGCAAUUUAAAUGUACUUUUAAAAAUGCACUUGUAUGUACAUCACAGCUGAUAUUUCUCAACAGGUCCCUUCUUGAAUGAGUUUUAGGACUAGCUUACAAUGAGUCAAAACAUUUUUUCUGGACAUUUUUCACAGGCUUUACAUCUUUUUACCUUAAUUUGAGCCUAUACAGGUUACAAUAAACUUUAGUGCAUAUAUGUGGUUCUAUGUUUCAUUUGGGACAUACAGCAGGGAUGCAUGAUAUUGGAGUCUUUGCCAAUAUCUGAUAUGCCAAUAUAUCACAACUCAUUUGGCCAAU